UAAAUUUAAUGGCGCUAAAAGGACGAUAAGGUCGUGUUAGGUUAUCGCAUUUUGAAAGUUUUGCAAGAAGGACGUCUAAUAAUUUUUGACAAGACGCACAAAAGUCGUAGUGCAUAACAUUAAAUAACAUUAUUCCACGAAGAGGAGCUCGAGGUGCGCUAAAUAAAAUAUCGCUGCGAAAAAUCGUGCGAAACAAACGCUGAAAAGUUGAUGAGGACACUUUGUGGAGGUUAACCGGCACAAACUUCAACAAGAUGAUCGAGACUGACAAGAAGGGCUGCAAGGAACUUUUGACCCAGCGGAUGCUGUUAGCUGUCGUCUCAAGCAUAGGAUUGCAAUUCUUCCUAAUCUGCUGCCUCAUCCUGCUUACAAAUUUCAGCGUAGAUUACGUACACUGGAUUCAGAACACAUGGACAACCGUAACGUCGUUCCGAAUGUGGAUUUAUCUCGUCAUCGUCGCGGCGAUCAUCUUCCUACAAGGUAUUUUCUGCAGCAAAAUUUACCUUCACAGUCCACCGUAUUACAAGAGCAGAUUCAGCAAACUGUGCGCGACUCUGACAGUUCAAAAUCUGGGUUUGAAAGCCUCCUACGUAGUUAUGGGUGGCACUUUGACCUGGUUGCAUUUGUCCUUGAAAGGAGGAACGUACAGUUCCUUGACUGCGGACUGUAGCAUCGUAUACGGAACAUGUCUGGUGGAGGAAUAUUACUUCCUGCUGUUCAGUGGCUUAUGGAGUGGAUUAUACUUUUCCAUCAAGACUGAUGACUUCACCAAGUAUUUCCGAUUUUCCAUUAUAGCGCAGUCUAAAUUUUUCCGUUUGAAACGAGGAAUUUACGCUAUGCUUCCAAAGUUAAUGGUCUCUUCCAUGUGGCCGACUCUGUAUUACAUGGCUGGUUACUACUUUCUAGGAUCGUACUGCCGUGGAGCAUUGUUGUCUGUGAUUUCUAUACAAACAGAAGUCGAACCUUUGGAUAAUAUGUCUAGAUUAUUAAAUCUGACAUUAAUAUUACAAUUAUGGUUUCACCAAUUUAUAUUCAUAUUGACUUUAAGCAACACUUACUUGUUGUUUGAGGUAUAUCUGACUGAAUGGAUUCCAUUUAAGUUUGGUUCAAGCGGAGUAUACAGUGUAGAUGUUUCGGAAUUAACACUUAUCGAUGCACUGUCAAUGGAUAAGAUACCAAUUAUGCAAUAUUUGGGUUAUCUAGAUUUAGUUACCUUGGCUCAAAAAGAGAAAAUGAGAAGAGGGAUGUUAUUUACUCUCAGUCAACCAGGCGGUCAUCCUUACAAUUGGAAUUGCAUUGUGCAAAAAUGUAUAGAUAUUCUUCAAAAGUUUUCACUGGACUUCAAUACUAUAUCCAUAAAGCCUCAAGAGCAGCAAUUCUGUUAUACCACGAAAGUAUGGCCAGUAAGAAUUAUACAACCUCCGCAACCUGCACAAAAGGAUCAUAUAUAUCAUAUGCGGAAAUUAGUACUGGAUAAACCACCAAUAUUAUCAACAGAAGCAGAAACAAAAGAAGUCCCUUAUAGUGGCAUGUUUAUCCAAAAGUUUAUUAAGCAGAAACAAGAAACUUUUAUAGCAUAUUUGCUUUCUAAACCACUUAUUAAUUAUAUCUUUGGUGAACAAGACGAUAAUAAAAUUCGUUACAUGUUACUCAAUGGACAACUGGUGAUUUGGGCAGCCGAAGCUAUUUCAUCAUUAUCAGUAUUUUCACUCAGUGAAGAUUCUUAUGGCGUUGUACAGAAAGAUGUGCCGAACAUUAUCAGUACUUUGUUGUCGGUGAAGCAGGUUGUAGAUAAAUUGCAAAAAUCACCUGUAUUAGCAAGAAAAAUGCUAACGGAUGAUAAAUUAAUUAAAGAAAUUUUUACCUCUUUGCGAAGUGCGAUCAAACGUAGUCUGUAUAGAAUUGUUACAAACUUUGAACCAUAUAUUAAUGAUUUAUGUCUUGAAUCUUCGACAAUAGAACAAUUGCAAAGCUUUCUCAAUUACAGGGAAUAGUUUAUAAAUAUUAAUAUCAAGUGUGCUUAUAUACAAUAGAAUAAUAAAUU